AUGCCGUUGUCGAACUCUUUCACCGGCUCUUCGCUGCUAGAAGAUGAGGCGGUGGUGCUGAAGGACUACAUUGUUGGGCAGCGUCUCGGCGAGGGGAGCUACGGCUCUGUCUACCUCGUCACGUAUAUCCCGUCGGGUGAGCGCUUCGCCCUCAAGAUAAUGCAGAACACCUGCUUACAGGGCUGUGAGCCGCUGAUUAUACAAGAGGCGACCGUUAUGCAGUCUCUCGAGCACCCGCACGUGGUGAAAUUGUACAAGUUUCUUCAGAGCACUGCGGCCUUUUACUUUCUGCUAGAGCUGGCGGAGGGUGGGGAGCUGUUCGAUCUCAUUAUCGCCGAGCGUCACUUCCAAGAGCCGACCGCGCGGCGAUACUUCCAGCAGCUCAUGUCCGCCAUUGACCAUUGCCACAGCAAUGGUGUGGCGCACCGUGACCUCAAGGCGGAGAACCUGCUGCUGGGGAAGAACAACAAGCUGCUGGUGUGCGACUUUGGCUUCUCCAGCAAGUUGCAUAUGGAGGGUUUUGGUGAGGACAAUGGCGAGCCGAUUGAUCUGCAGCUGCCGAUCGGCACGCUGCACUACACUUCACCGGAGAUGACUGGCCGCCCGUAUAAUCAGAACGCGGCGGACGCCUUCCAGCAGGACCUGUGGAGUGCCGGCAUCAUUCUCUUCUUCAUGUUGACCGGUCGCCUGCCGUUCGACGGCCGCGAUGACGAGGAGACGCUCUAUCUCAUCCAGCACGCCUCAUUUAGUUUCGAGGAAGAGGAGAUAAAGAACAUCUCGGAAGGGGCGCGCUCUCUUCUGCGGUGCAUGCUCGCACUGGAGCCGACCGACCGCCUGACGACGACGCAGAUCAUUGAGAACGCGUGGUUCAUGGAGGACCUCGAGGCGACACUCUUCCCGCACCGCACGUCGCUGACGCGCUCGAUGGCGUUCCUCGACUUCUCCACGCAGCACCGCGUCACGCAGGAGGAGGAGGCGGUGCUGCGCUCCGCCUUUCGCAAGAUCGACAUUGACGGCUACGGCAAGCUUGCGCGGGACCAGGUGCGCGACAUGCUCACCACGCUGCACGGCGAAAAGGUCACUUCGGCGGAUGUGUCGGAGCUGAUGAAACUCUUCACCGGUGAUCCGAAGAGCAAGUUCAUCACAUACGAGCAGUUCCGCGACGCGUGGGUGCGAAAGGACCUCGCGCACCAUCCGUCCAAAUGGCAGAGCGACCUGCAGCUGCCGAAGAUCAUCGGCACGCAGAUGGACAAGGUGGAGCGGGAGGUGGUGCGGCAGCUGCGCAUCGCCUUCGACAGUGUUGACGACCUCCACACCGGUGUCAUCAACGUGGAGCAGUGGAAGCGGCUCUUUAAGCGCUGUAAGAUUGACGUGUCGGAGGACGAGAUACAGAGCCUGAUGCGCUUCUUCGACGAGCACGAUCUCGGCACAUCCAGAGAGAUCACCUUCGACAAGUUUCUGAUGGGGAUGGCAAUGCGGGAGAUGCUUGUGCGGCACCCGAUGGGGCCGAAGCUUGCGGCCGCCACGAACCUCGCGGCGCUGCUGCAGUCACGCAAACUGGCGGAGUGCGUGCGCCACGGUUUCUUUGUGGUGGGGCUGCAGAAUGCCGUUGUGGAGAAACUGACGAGCUGCCGUGAGCGGCUGCUGCUGCUGUACAGCGAUGACAUAGUAUCCGACACGGAGAACGUCUAUUCGUUCCGCUACCUUGGCUCUGCGGCGUUGCUCGUCGGCGCGACGAUGGAGACAUCGACGCCGAUGCUGACAUCAAUCACCGCGCCGCUCGUCGGUUCCGGCCCACCAUGCGAGUUCGUGUUUGGCGCCUCGUUGAGCCGCAUGCAGAAGCCGCCGUCGCUCGGCGCCUCGCUGCUCACCAACAGCCACGACGGCAGCGCCAUUAACGGCGGCGGGACAGGGCCGCUGCUGAACUCCUCGAACCAGGCGGCAGCCACGCUGACGCACAGGGCCCUCGCGUAUGGCGGUACCGGCGCCGUUAGUCAAAUCAACGGCGUCUGUGACGUGGACGUGAUUUUAGCGCCGGCAAGCUUUGGCUACACGCUUGUGCGAUUCCGCCGCAUUCACGGCAAGACUCGCGACUUCCGCGAGGCGGUGACGUUCAUCACGAGCCUGGUGGAGGUGGAGCGGCAGCAGGCGAUGGAGGACACACUCCCACGCGGGGAGAGCGAGUUGAUGUGA